GCCCCGCACCCCUGUCGCCGUCCACGGCGAGGCCGUCCACGGCGAGGCCGCCCACGGCGAGGUUUCCCCGCGACGUGCCUCCCCGCGGGGACCGUUCGCUUCGUACCUCCUCGUUCUCCAGAACGUUCGAGAGGAACGCAGGUACCUUUACGCUAGAUACUACGAGCUGUUCUGGGACGUGUGGGAGUCGAAGCCAGUCGGGGAGGGCAGGUGCGACCCCGUGCGGGUCAAAUGCGUGUCAGACUGUAACACUGCGACUUGCUUGGCGAAAAUCUUCGGGUCCCUCGACAGCCUGAAGGGGCCGCCCCGGCGGGGGCGCUGUGGAUCCACGCCGAUUUGUGGAUCAAUUCAGGGCUGUUCCCGAUCGAACGUCUAGACGGGCGGAAGGUCUGGAUCACGGACAGCGGGCUGCUCUUGAGGUGGCAACCCGUGGACAAGAACAACGACACCAUCAAGGAUCCAAAUGGAAGUCCGAAGUGGAUGAACCAGGAAAUUCCGAACCGAUGCCUCGAGGGCGAAGAGCUGUACGGCCACUUCCUGGAGACGGGCAACUGGUUCACGAAGCCGAUGCCUGACCAUCGCCCGACGGCGACGAACAGGGCGCCCUUCAUAGAUCAGGGCCUCCAGAUCUUGAGGAGACCAGAAGUGCAGGCCCUACCCGCUCUGCGGAACUGGGGGCAGAACAGGCUCUGCUUCGGUUGGGUCGACAUUCUUUAUAUUCCCUACCACGUGUGGCCCGACUGGCGACAGCUGACGUUGUAUUUCGGCGGGUUGUUCCACGAGGUCGCAGCCUACACCAUGCUCAACAUGCUCGUGCGGAGCGGCCGGGCACCGGGGGUCGAGACAAUCGAUUUCUGCGAGGGCAAUUGCUGCCAUACACAAGCGCCCAAGGCGAUUCUGACUUCCCCGUGCGGCCAUACGAUGAAUCUGAGAAUGGGUGAUGUCAGGGACAUCUUCGAGGGCGUGCUGCGAACAUACAACGCCACGCAAAAGGUGAAUCGGUCGGGCUCCGCGUCGCGCUUGCCUCGCCUUGGGCAGCCGUGGCUUCACGGUGGCAUGCGAGUGCUCCCGGAGCCUCUGCAUGGAGGCUUCGUCGGGGUUUCUUGCAGGCGCCGGCCGGGGACCGAGAACGGCGAGGGACGAGGAGGUUCGAGAAAUGGCCGGGUGAGCACGGGGGGCUGCUGGAGAGGCGCUCUCGCGUUGGCAUUAUCCCACAGGGCUCUGCCCUUUUCGGGUUUUUUGCUGCGUCGGCUGCCCAGCCUCUGCACAGAGUCGAUGGCGACGCUGUUUCGGAGACCCCGUGGCGUCGCGUCGGCAUGAAAGCGCGCCGCCGUGGAGCAGGGUGGCGCGUCGGAGGAAGUCCUCCACGCGCCGGGCGUGGAAGCGGUCGGGGCAGACAUGUAUGCGAAUAUCCGCUCCUGCUCUGGUCUCCUCCCCCCUCCCCAUUGGCGGCGGACCCUGACCAUCGAAG